AUGCGUAAACUUAUUAUUUCUCUCUUUUCUUUUCCUUCAACUCGCUCCGAGUCCCUCAUCAACGUCCCUGUCAACCCUCCCCACUCCCUGCCACCGCAUUCAGCGGUCUGUCCCCUGCCACGUCAUCGCCUGCCACCCUGUCGAGCCGUGCGAAUGUCCGAUCCAGCGUGGCAGCGCGUGGCCUCGCGGGGCAUGCGCGCAUGGCUGGGCGCUGGUGGAGUCGGCGCGGGCAAGGGCGGGGGGGGCGCGAGCGCGAGACCCGCGGAGAGGCGCACAGGCGGGGGAGCGGGGCGGAGCGAGACUGUGCUGGCGAUGGCGGAAAGAAGCGUGGAAUCCGCGCGGGAUGGGGAGGGAGACGUGCGCCGCUCGUCACAGCAACCGCGCCCCCCCUCCCCCUCCCCCCUCGUCUCCCCUCUCCCCGUAGCCUCCGCCAGUGCCCCAUCUGGUGCUGAUAGCGGGAGGGAUGGGGCAUGGGAGAAUGAGCGAACGGGGAAGAGGAGGGGCGGGGGCGAGGGCGGGAUGUGGAGAUGGAGAGGGGAUGGGGCGGAAGAAGAGGAGAAGGGGGAGCGGGAGGGGCUGAUGGGCGAGAUGGGGGAUGGGGGGUGGCAGCAGGGGAGGAAACAGGAAUACGAGCGGCUGUUUUCAAACCUGAAUGAAGUGAACAUGAAGCAUGAGCCAGGCAGUCUGGUCAGCUCCACUCUCCUCGUUGCCGGCACCACGGUGGGGGCGGGCAUAUUGGCGCUGCCAGCUGUGACGAGCGAGGCGGGUUUCCUACCUUCCUGCGCCACCUGCAUCGUCUGCUGGCUCUACAUGGUGGCGACGGGCAUGCUGAUAGCAGAGGUCAAUGUGAACACCAUGUGCGAGCUCGGAUCCGGUGGUGUCUCGCUGGUGUCCAUGGCGCAGCGCACGUUGGGGACAGCGGGGGUGCGCAUAGCGGGCACCACAUACCUGCUAAUCCACUACGCCGUCAUCACUGCAUAUGUCUCCCGCUCUGCCGACAUCAUCAGCUCUGCUGCCGCUGUCCCACACGGCCUCGCUGCCUCCCUCUUCACCAUCUCCUUCGGCGCCCUCUGCUACUUCGGCAGCCAGCGGGCCAUAGGGCUGGUGAACGGCAUGCUGGUGGCGGGCAUAGUGCUGUCCUUCGCCUUCCUGCUCGCCUUCUCCCUUGCUGACAUCCACCCGCAAGCCCUGCUCGCCGCCAACAUCGCUGCCGUCCCUGCCAGCGUCCCCAUCAUCGCCCUCUCCUUCGUCUACCAGAACGUGGUGCCAGUGGUAGCUACAAACCUAGAGGGCAACCUACCGCGCAUCCGCACAGCCAUCCUAGCAGGCACAGCGCUCCCUCUCCUCAUGUUCCUUCUCUGGGACGCCGCCAUCCUCGGCACUGCUCCAAUCCCACCCCCUCCUCAACCACUCGUCGAUGCCCUCGCUAUGGCCUCCGAUGCUGCAGCAGCUACUGCGCCGUCUGCUGCGGUGGCUGCUGCGGAAGCCAUGAAGGUGGUGGAUCCUCUGGCUCGCCUGCAGCAGAUUGACCCUUCCGUUGGGGGGGCGGUGCAGCUGUUCUCCUUCUUUGCCAUUGCCACAUCAUACAUCGGCUUUAUCCUCGGCCUCUCUGACUUCCUUGCUGACGGUACCCGCGCAACCCUCUACACACUCGCCACGACAGCCCUCUCUCACACCAUCUCUCCCAUCCACCUGCUCUCCAGCCACGAUUCCCCAUUGAUAGGCCCUUUCUGCCCUAGUUUCCCUCCUCACAAGCUCUUUCACACUUUUCUUCCCCGUGCAACAGCACCCACUUGUCUCCUCCCCAAUGCACAGUUUCCCCCCACUUACUUCUUCCCUCUCUACCUCCUCUCUUCGCCCUCACUCCCCGACCCCCCUCCACCCUCCAGCACUCAAGCUUCCAUCCGGCCGGGGGCGCACCCCUCUGCCGUACAUCCUCACACUCGCCCCGCCGCUCGCCUUCUCCCUCUCCAACCCCGACCUCUUCUUUACCGCUCUCGACCUUGCCGGCACAUACGGAGUUAUUUCCCUUCCCCGUCUCCUCUGGUUCUUCACUCCCUCUUCUCCCUCCCUCCUCUCCUCGCCUCUCCGUCAUCUCCUGUUUCACUCCCUCCUCUCCACCCUUCUCUCCCUCAUCUUCCUCCUCUUCCUCCUCCCUACCUCCUCUCCCUCAUCAUUCCCUCCUCUACCACAUCAUUUCCUCCUCUCCCCCAUCACUCACUCCUCUACCUCUUCUCUCCCGCCUCGUCCUCGUCUCGCCUGGCAGUGCUGGUGCUGUUUGGCAUCCUACCAGCAGCCAUGGCAUGGGUGGACCGAGCCUCUCUCCGCCCAGUCACAGACCAGCCACGCCUUGUCCCAGGUGGCAAUGUCACGCUCACGCUCAUCAUUGGCUUCGCACUCACCAUUAUCACAAACGAGUUCGCCUCUAAUUUCAUCCACUGA